GAACUGCUGCUGUCAGCACGCUCGCUCUCAUCCGGGCAAUUUUCAGCAGACGUGUUGUCAUGUGAUCUAGAUUCAGCCAUCUUGUGGAUACGAAACGAGAGACGCCACUCGCACACAAACUCAGCGCUGUCAGUAAAAGCAGAGACUUUCAAGGAAAAAUGGCAGAAACCCAGACACUUAACUUCGGACCAGAAUGGCUCCGCGCCCUGUCUGGUGGAGUGGGUAGCAGCAGUGUGGCCUCCCCUCCGCUCUCACCCGCAUUGCCAAAGUAUAAACUCGCAGACUAUCGCUAUGGGAGAGAAGAGAUGCUAGCACUUUAUGUAAAGGAUAACGUGAUUCCGGUAGAUCUUCAUGAUAAGGAAUUUCUACCUAUUUUACAAGAGGAGCCCCUGCCACCAUUGGCAUUAGUCCCAUUUACAGAGGAGGAACAGAGAAAUUUCUCCAUGUCUGUAAACAGUGCAGCAGUACUCCGUCUGACAGGAAGGGGUGGAGGGACGGUGGCAGGGGCACCCAGAGGCCGAAGUUCUUCACGGGGGCGAGGAAGGGGCAGAGGAGAUGGAGGGUUUUACCAAAGAAGUUUUGAUGAUGUGGAGGGAGGUUUUGGCCGUGGAGGGAGAGAGAUGCAUCGCUCCCAGAGUUGGGAGGAGAGGGGAGACAGAAGGUUUGAAAAGCCAGGUCGAAAAGAUCCAGAUGGAGCACCAGCCCAUUUUCCUCUCAAUCACAUACGAGCAAACUAUGAGGAUGCUGCUGCAGGGAACGGUCGAAAGCACGAGUUCAUUCGCUCAGAGAGUGACAACUGGCGCACGUCUCGAGAUGAGCAGAAUGGUGAGGAUGAUGAUGGGGGCUGGAGGCUUGCAGGUUCUCGUCGGGAUAAUGAACGAUGGUGUCCUCCAAGUCCAGAUGCCCCACGAUCAGCAGGGUGGCGGGAACACCCGGAUCAACGUCGGCGCUUCCCUUUCGAUGCAAGAGGUGAAGAUGGCAGUUACCGUAGGCCUCGGUCGGGCAGCGGGAGUGUAGAAGAGGAGAGAGACAGUUUGCCAGAAUGGUGUCUGGAAGAUGCAGAGGAGGAGACAGGGACAUUUGACUCCUCUGGGGCCUUCCUCUCACUUAAGGUGAGGGCGUUGGAAAAAGCUCCUAAGGAGCCAAUCCUAGAAGAGGCGGAGCUGGACUUCCGGCCACUAGAGGAGAAUGAAGAAUGCACAGAAAAGGAUGACAGUGAAUCAGAACAAACCAAAGAUACUGACACAGAAAGUAGACGUGAGAUUGACCGAAAUGAAGAAGGCAGUAAAUCGGAAGAGCCAUCACCAGUUGCUGUACCGUUUCCAGCAGUAGUAACACCUCCCAAGGCUGCAACCCCAGCUCCAAUUCCAUCUGUGCACCCGGAGCAGGCUGUAGAAAGUGAGAGACCAUUGGAGAGAACGACGGUACCAGAACUCAGACCUGAACUCAUUAAAGCACCACUACACACAACCCUACCAAAUAGCAUUGUGGAGGCCAUUUCCAUACCGCAUGUCACAAACACUUUCCCAGAUCUUCCUGUCCCGAUACCUUCGGUGCUGCCCGUUCAGUCGGUGCCCACUCAAGCUCAGCAGGUCAAGCCUUUGGAGAUGCCAGUGGCUUUGGCUCCUGCUCUCCCCCACUCCACGGGCAUUGUGGGCCCUAUCAGCCGGCCCUCUGCCCUGCCCUCUGACAUGGAUGAGGAUGAGGGACUCAAGCACUUUGAGCAGGAAGCCGAGAAAAUGGUGGCAUACCUGCAGGACGGCGGUGUGGACGAUGAGCGUUUGGCAACUAAGAUUGGUCACAAACCCACAGCUCUUCCCAUUACCCAUGAGGCUGCAUUCAAAUGGUUUUACAAAGAUCCACAGGGAGAGAUCCAAGGACCAUUUAAUAACCAGGAGAUGUCGGAGUGGUUUCAGGCAGGCUAUUUCACCAUGACCUUGCAGGUGAAGCGAGGCUGUGACGAGAUCUUCCAGCCCCUCGGAGAGAUGAUUAAGUUGUGGGGGCGAGUGCCCUUUACACCCGGCCCCACACUAGCCCCCAUACUGGGAGAUGCAGAUCAAGAGAGGAUGAAGAGACAACAGGAGAUUAAUGCUCUAAAUAUGUAUCAGCUACAGCAGCUGCAAUAUCAGUACUUACUCAGGCAACAGUAUGCUUUGGCUCAGCAGAAAGUUUUAAGCUCUGCACCUCCUCCACAACAGCAGCAGCUCAAUCUCCUCCUCCAUCAGGCGCUCAAGAUCAGAACGCCAGAGCCGCAACAGAGCCUUUUACCUCCUGUCACACGCUCCAUGUCGGUGCCAGACUCGGGAUCUGUUUGGGAAAUGCAGAACCCUUCCACUCAGGCAUCCUGUUCUCCAAACAUGCAGCCCGCCACUCCCAGCACUUGGGAAGGGAGUAGCGUAUGGGAUCUGCCACUAGACUCCAUGCCUCAAGCGUCUUCCAUUGAACAGAUGCAGCUGGAGAAAGCCAAAGCUUUGAAGCUUGAGAUGGAGAGACGGGAGGCAGAGCUUCGGGCCAAAAGGGAAGAGGAGGAGAGGAAGCGACUGGAAGAGGCACUGCGUGCUAGACAAGAGGAAGAGCGGAAACGUUUGGAGGAAGAAGAGCUGGCACGGCGCAAGCAGGAGGAGGCUCUCCAGAGGCAGCGGGAGCAGGAGGAGGUGCAGCGGCGGAAGAAAGAGGAGGAGGAAAGGUUAGCUCAGGAGGAGGCACUCCGUCGGCUGGAGGAGAGGAGAAGAGAAGAGGAGGAGAGGAGACAAAGGGAAGAAUUCCUCCGCAAACAGCAGGAAGAGGAGCGGAGGAAACAGGAAGAGCUGGAAGCUCAGAGGCGGCGUGAGGAAGAGAAGAGGUUAGAAGAGGAGGCAGCGGCCGCGGCAGCAGCAUUAGCAAGGCAACAGCAGGAGGAGCAGAAGAGGAGAGAGCAGGAGAUGCAGAGGCAGCAGGAGCUACAGAGGCAGCGGCAGCAACAGCAGGAGGCGCUCCGUCGCCUGCAGCAGCAGCAGCAACAACAGCAGCUCGCGCAGAUGAAGCUCCCCUCAUCCUCUAAGUGGGGUCAGCAGUCAACCACAGCAAACACCCUCUCACAGUCUCAAAAUGCCCUGUCGCUCGCUGAAAUCCAGAAACUGGAGGAGGAGAGAGAACGACAAACACGAGAAGAGCAAAGACGACAGCAGCAGGAGCUCCAGAGGACACAGCAGCAGCAACCUCAGACAAAGCUCUCAGGCUGGGGCAAUGUGGCCAAGCAGCCAGCGGCUACCAAGUCUCUGCUGGAGAUCCAGAGAGAGGAAGCGCAACAGAUGAAACAGCGGAAGGAACAACAACAGCAGCAGCAGCAGCAGCAGCAACAACAACAACAGCAACCGCAACCGCAACCGCAACAGCAACAGCAGCAGCAGCAGCAACAACACUCAACUGUUUCCCAGCAAAACCGCACACAGAACCAAGUGGCCCUCAAUACAUCAUCAGUGUGGGGUUCUGUUAAUAAUGUCGGCUCGAACUGGAUGAUGGACAGCAGUGUCUGGGGUGACGCUCAGAACUCUAAUAUUGGCUUCUGGGAUGAAGCUGUAAAGGAGGCCGCCCCACCUCAGGCUACACGCAAGAGCCACAAUCAGAAAAACAAGGGCAACGCUAACCUCGGUAAUAGCAGCAGUGGUAAAGCCAGUAAAAAGGUGGAAGAGGAAGAAAAGCUACUGAAACUGUUCCAGGGAGCCAAUAAGAACCAGGAUGGCUUUAUGCAGUGGUGUGAACAGACUCUACACACUCUCAACACGGCUAAUAACCUCGACGUCCCCACCUUUGCGUCGUUCCUGAAGGAAGUGGACUCGCCGUAUGAGGUGCACGACUAUGUGAGAGCCUACUUGGGCGACACUCCACAGGCCAAGGACUUCGCCAAGCAGUUCCUAGAGCGCCGUGCCAAACAGAACGCUAACCAGCAAAAACCUCAGCAGGGCCAGCAGCAAAAACAGCAGGACUCCUUGUGGGGAAUGAGCCAAGUGUCACAGUCAGUCCUGCACCAACAACAACAGCAGCGGUUUGAGACUGUCACCUCGGGCAAGAAGAAGAAGAAACAAAAGAUGGUACGGGCCGACCCGAGCCUUCUAGGUUUUUCUGUCAAUGCCUCAUCUGAGAGACUCAACAUGGGCGAGAUUGAGACUGUGGAAGACUUUUGAGGCCUGCUGAUCAACAAGCUCCCCCUACUGACAGUUUCCAUUCUGAACAGCGUCCCUUAUAUUCUCCUCAACCCUGUUCCUCUCUUCUGUUUUUUUUUUUUUUUUUUUUAUCCUCAAUUCUUUGAUUUGGAGUAGAUUCGGGGCAGCAAGAUUUCUUUCCUCCCUAAUCCAGAGGAAACCACAGUUGCAAUAACAUCGCUGCCCCAUGGCCACGAAAAGAACCAAACACAGCGCCCUGAGAAGAGGAAGAGAGAGGCUUGCUUCUGCAGGAGAGGAGUCAACCAGUUUCACAGUGUCCCUCCACCAAGAUAGAGCGUCUGCUCACGAUCAUGCUCAUCUCCCGACUGGUGUUUCUUUAAGUGUGAAUAAAAGGAGUGCAGAGGAAAAAAAUUAUGUAUUAUC